AUGAAAUUCCAGUGCUGUCAGUGUGGAAUACUGCCUGAUAAGGCAGAACUAAUCCAGAUACCAAAUAAUGCAUCUACGUUGAACAAAUGGAUUCGGAAAUUUAAUCUAAAACUCAUCAAUGUGCAGAAGAACAAAGUACAAUACAUCUGUAGAAAGCAUGUUCAAGAUGAAAAAGUUGUCGAAAAAUUGCCAUAUGAGCCAACGACACCAAGUUCAAGUGAAUUCGAAGUUAAACAAGAAGAGCAAGAAAUAGUUCAUCAAGAAGAUCGAAACUCUAAUUUAUGGGUUGAUCCAAAAGAAGAAUAUGCGGAAGAAGUAAAUUACGAUGACCUCGAGUUGGAAAUGCAGCAGGAAAGUUACAGUACUUAUGAGGAAGAUGAACAGCAAAAGAAUUAUGAAAUGGAUUGUCAACCUACAACAUCCACCGCUUCUUAUUCAUCUAGUUCUCAAUGCGAAAAUUCACAGAAUGGCACGGACUUGUCGAAUCUUCGUUUGUGUUUUCCCGAGUUAUCUGAUGAACAAAUCAUGAUAUUUUGUGUGAAAACGAGCAGCAAUAUCAGUGGAGAAACGUCACUCGAGUGCGGAAUGUGUGCGGAACAGUAUUUUAAUAAUACGGAUACUCGACCAAUACGAAUCCAUUUAGAAGCACAACACUUGAUGCUAGUCCAAAAUUUCAUCAAAACUGGACGAGCAUCGUUGGCACCAAAAAGCUACUCUCCGCUGACAGAAUUAACCAGAAUGAAUGCCGAUCAAGAGUUGUGCAAAUUCCUUAUUGCAAAUGGACUACCAUUGAGCAGUGUCAAAGAUCGAAAUCUCGAAAUGCUCGUAUUCAAUAUGAAUUCCUCGUAUACACUUCCGCCAGUUGAUACCCUUUAUGAACAUCUCAGGAUAUUCGCAUCGAUAAGAACGAAAGCAAAGAUCAGAACAGAUCCAGGACCGAUCACAGUGAGUUUCGACACGACGAUGUAUAAUAAUAAGAACUAUCUGGCAUUCACUGUUCAUUAUUAUCAAAAAAAUAAGAAGCAGCAAAUCAUUUACCUCCGGGAAUUUGAAAUCACUCAACCAAUGGUUUCAUCAAUUAUAUCUGCUAUUAAAAACUCGUUGGAUGAAUCCAAUAUUCGUGCGCCAAUAACCACAGUAGUCUCAGGAAAAGCCGAAUAUGAAGAAUCAUUGGAAGCUAUAAAUUCAUUCAAACAAGUAAUGGUUUGCUUCUCGCAGAACAUUAACAAAUUUGCCGAAGCUCUCAUUGAACUCCCCGUUUUCUCAGAUAUGUUGGCAAAAAUUCGCAGUUUCAUUACGAAGCUCCCAUCGAAUCGGAAUACUUGGGGUCGAUUCAAAGCAUUUCUUGUGAGAAAACGAUCUCACGGAGAGUACCCUGAAAUUGACAAUGGUCAUUGGUUUACAACAGUCGAUUUCUUGACAAAGUGCCUGCAUAUGCAUAAGCUAUUCAGCGACUUCUUGCGUUCGCAAACACAUUCGCAAUCACAAGGGAAUUAUAUAGCUGUUGAGGAUAACGUUAAUAUGGUGUACCUUCACAGUUUAUUGAAUUAUUGCAAAACUUGUUUGAGCACGAUGGUGGAUUCGAAUGCAACAAUUGCUGAUGUAAUACCUUCGAUUAUGGAUAUGCACGCUACACUGGAUAUCACAACAAGUAAUCAAAAAGUCAUCGAUGCCGUUCAUAUGCUCUUCAAUCGGUUACUCCUUCCAUUUGUCGAACAAUCAGAUAUUCAUCGAUUCGCUUUGUUUCUACAUCCACUUCGACAUGGAAACUCUGUCCUUCCCACUAACGAAUGGAAUCGAGUUAGGUCGGCGAUUUCUCGUCAUUUGUCUCUGCGUGAAGCUACAGAAGGAACUCCAAUCAAUGAACUCGGUCAGAUGUCAGGACUCCCUUCGUAUCAAGACGCUCUAACUGUUGAUAAAGAAGUGGCACAGUACUCGGCGUAUGUGGCCAGAACAUCAGGAGUUGAAUCAGAAGUUAUGGAUUGGUGGACACGUCAUGCCACUCGUUUCCCCAGACUUUACAAAUACGCCAGAGAGCUCUUCCAGAUUCCAGCGUUUUCUAUCGAUGCUGCUUUCUAUCUUGGAGAUUACGGACUUAUUACCAAUUCGUUAAGUCAAACCGACCCUUCAAAACAGAAAAUGCUACUUCAAGCAUCGAGCGAGCUUGUAGAUUUUCGAUCGAAAGGAGACGUCAUGAGCAAGACGAUAUGUGUGAAACGUAAAAGGGAGGUAUCUAAUGCCGAUGAUAUGUGGUAUACUCCGCUUGAUAUGAAAGCUCUACUCGCUUGUGAUGCGAAUGAUAUUCACGAUGGCACAAGACGACUUCUCCAAAAACCUCAAACCUCAAUGUUCUCUCAAGCUGCUUUGAGUAAAAAUCGAAUCUUUACUCCACCAUCAUCAGUUCAAAACCGACAAUAUACUCUGCCGCCAGCGCCAGGAAGAAGUUGGGCGGAGGAAAUCGCAAAAGUUGCCACGCGACCAGUGCCACAAAAAACGUAUCACUUGGCUAAUAACUCCCCUUAUUCGAGACCUGUUGUGAUUCGAAAAGCGCCGGCGCUUUUGGAACCGAAGCAAGAAUCCACGUCGUUAGUAGAACCCAAAGCGGAACCACCUGUGAUGCAUAUUCCUGUUUCGACAAGAAAGUAUUAUGCAGUGAGGACUGUUCCUGCUCCCGGACAGAAAAUAGUUCGAUCAGUGAACGGAAAAGUGCUACAAGUCGUCAGAGCUCGUGCUCCAAUGACAGCUACCGCCAACAGAAUCGGAAUAACAACUGCUCCACAACAAUCCAAAAAAGUGUAUUUCGUUCGUACGAAAACCGGUGUAACCCAACUACAAGCCCCUCCAUAA